GUCGGCAAACACGCGAGGGCGAACAUCAAGGUCUUCUCGGGGUACCAGAUCCGCCAUAUCUGCCAUAUAAAACGACGAGUUCACCUAUCCUGCGAUCAUUCCCAUUCUUCUCUCCUUUCUUUAAAGUCUCAACAUGUUCGUUGUUCGAAUUUCGCUCAUAUCAUUGGUAUACUUUACCGUACUGACAAGCUGUCAGUAUCAGCCGGAAUCCCAACAAGCAGCGAUAUUAAGCGACGCGAGAUAUCUAGCAGGCGAUGGUACUUUCGGUUCGGCUUAUACUCAAGAAGAUGGAGUUGAGUUUAAAGAAGAAAGUGACGUUAACGGUGAUCGACGUGGUUCCUAUUCUUACGUGGACCCAACUGGACAAAGGCGUACGGUGACAUAUACAGCCGGAAAGAAUGGAUUUCAGGCAACUGGUGAUCACAUUCCCGUACCACCACCACAAAUACCACCGCAACCGGAGUACGUGCCAUUACCACAGUAUAAUCCUCCUGACUAUAAACCACCAGCCGCUUACAGGACUCCAGCACCACCCCCACCAGUAUACAGAAGUCCUCCUUUAGCACAGUAUCAAACACGAGCCGAAUCGGAAUACGAGCCACGAGCCGUCUAUCAACCCCAACCUCAGCUCCAACCCCAAUCCCAAUCCCAACUCCAACCCCAAUAUCAAUAUCGUCCACAGACACGAUACAUGUCACCGGACGUCCAAUCUAUACCCUCGUUUAGCCCUCGACCACAAUAUCAACCAACACAAGGAGCUCCCAUUCAAAGAUACAACGAAAUUACAACACCACCGCCGCAUAGAUUCUAUCCACCGGGAAAGCUUAAUUUCAACAGGACACCCGAUGGAUUUUCUUAUACAUUCAGCAAGAGUUAAGAUCGAAUUAAUUAAAUUUAUAUCUAACAAUAAUUUUUCUUUGAAGAAAAAUACACGAUAUAAAUGUUAUUAUCGAUAUAUAAAAGCAGUCGCGUCAAUUAAUUAAGUCGAUAACGACGACGAUUACUUUACAUGAUUUUAAUUAAUUCGAUUAAGAAAAAGUAUAAUAAUAUUUAUAACAAAAUAGACAAAUCAAAUCGAUAUGCGUAUGUCUUUUCUUGCGUCAUUGUGAUGAUCAUUAUCAACGAAUAAAACAUGUCGAAUAUCUCGCGUGAA